AUAGUGUGACAGGGCCUUUGGCUUUAGGUCUCUCAGUCUUUGCACAUAUCCAUAAACACAAGGAUUAUGGUUUCCACUUGGUUGUAAGUUACUAAGAAGAUAAUGUAGUCAAUCUAUAAUUGUUGCCUGUAGAAUGAGAGAGACAAAACUACUGAAAAUGAUGUGUUUGUUUUUUUCUCUUUAGGAUGAGCGCUGUGCGGCAGAUCCAAAGUUGCUUAAGAUUUACGCAUCAUUCAGCUCAGUUAACCUGCAGAAGAAGGGUUUGUACUUCACAGCACAUAAUGACAUCAAAGCACACGCAUGCCAAAAGAAUUGAAGGACUGGACAAGAAUGUGUGGGUGGCGUUUACAUCAGUGGCAGCCGACCCAUCUAUUGUCAACCUCAGUUAUGGUUAUCCAGACAUCCCUCCACCUUCUUACGUCAAGGAGGCUCUAGUGAAGUCUGUGUCAGUGGACCACAUGAACCAGUACACCCGAGGCUUCGGUCAUCCGUCUCUGGUGAAGGCCCUUUCUCAGGUAUAUGGGAAGGUCUACCAACGUCAGAUUGACCCCUUCAAAGAGAUUCUGGUCACAGUGGGAGGUUAUGGUUCCCUAUUCAGCAUCAUGCAGGGCCUGGUGGAAGAAGGAGAUGAGGUCAUCAUAAUUGAACCUUUUUUUGACUGCUAUGUACACAUGGUGCGGAUGGCCGGGGCCACGCCGGUUCUGAUUCCAUUACGGCCUAAGCCUGGAAAGAAGACAGUCACAAGUGCUGRCUGGUAUCUUGACCCAGRAGAACUUUCUGGAAAAUUCAACUCCAAGACUAAGGCCAUCAUCAUCAACACUCCCAACAAUCCCAUUGGGAAGGUUUUCACCAGAGACGAGCUGCAGAUGAUYGCAGACCUGUGCAUCAAACACGACACGCUGUGCUUCAGUGACGAGGUUUAUGAGUGGCUCRUCUACAAGGGACACCAGCACGUCAAAAUAG